AUGACCCUAUCCAGCGCGGCUGGGAUCACCUCGCCGGCGCUUGCUCCGGACCACAUCCUCAGAGGGCUCCCGCCCAAUUCGGCGUCGCCUGAAUCGCGGCGGCUGGGAGCACCUCGCCGGCGCUUGCUCCGGACUACAUCCACAGAGGGCUCCCGCCCAAUUCGGCGUGUCCUGAAUCGCGGCGGCUGGGACCUCGUGACCGGAGCCAUCUCUUUCCUGCUGAGGUAUAUGGACAUGGUCAAGAGCUUUUGCCCAAUUUGGCGUGUGUUCUGCUCGGCGCGGCUGGGAGGUUAUGGCCGGAGACUUCUCUUUCCCGACGAGGCAUGGAUAUGGUCGAGAGCUGCCGCCAUAUUUGGCGAGUCUCCCGCCGUAUUUGUUGAUUCUCAUGCGCGUGGACGUGUUGCCUAG